CUCCAUUUUAAAUCAUGUGAUGUUAAAUACCAAAACAAUAGGAGUUCGGACUUUCAAUCUCAGUCUGUGUCGAAACUAUCUCUGCGUUUGCAGGUUGUUGCACAAGAGCUUUACUUUAGAAUAUGUUAAAUAAUCUGUAAUGAAGUCUGCUCUGCUUCACGUAUCGGUGCCUUUUGUGGUCUGUGUCGUCUUGGCUAACACCAGCUUGUUCGACGAAGUUGAGGUGGACUUGUCUUCUGACCAUUAUGCAGAGAAAAUGGUUGAUUCUCUGCCCAGUUUCUUGGCGAUGCCCUGCAACUGUCUUAUUAACCUGGCUUAUAUCUUCAUGGGACUGUACUGGCUGUUGUGGCACAAAGGCGUUCAGGAGACGUACCAGAGCCGGUACAUGAGAGAGGUAUUCGCCUUCAUGGCUGUGUUCUACGGACCUGUGCAGUGGACACGCCUGGCGCUGCUGCGGCGCGUUCCUGCCGUGCUCGACCAGUGGUUCACCCUACCGAUUUUUGCGUGGGUUCCUGUGUGGGUCAGCUUUAUAGAACGCGGGCCAGAGAAGUGGCGCGCGAGGCACGCGGCAGCGCAUGUACUGUUGUCUAUUCUCAGCUACGGCCUGGCGCUGGCGCACGAGCGGGGCUUCGAGUUGGCGCUAGGCUGUCACGUCGUCAUCGCGGUGUACACGGGAGUUCACGCGCAGCUGGCACACGGGGACGGUCGCACGCGGGGAUAUUUGCUGCUGGCGGUGCUGUCGUGUACGGGGUUCGUGGUACUAAAGCUGCUGGAUCACUGGCUUGCUCAGUACCGCCUCUUUCAGCGGCUUACCGGACACUUCUGGUCCAAAGUGUGCGACGUGCUGCAGUUCCACUUCAGCUUCUGUUUCCUGACCACACUGACACAGAGGGCACAGGGAAAGACUGCAGCACAGCAGGAGUGAGCAACAACCAGAGGAGAAGAAACGUCGAGAGACAUUUUACUUUAAUCCCAGAUACUAUACUGGGCUAUUAUAACCUAACACCAACUAAUUCAACGUGGGUUGGAUUUGAUACACAUACCCUUGUCCAAAUAAAAACAUAGCAAGAAAGCACAAUUCAAAAAGAGAAAAGUGUGAAAUAAACAGGGAAAACUAAUGAACAAGGAGUUUGGCAUACAACAGAGGAACCAGAUAAAACGCUAAAAGUUCAAAUGAUUUACUUCCAUAGUAUAGCCCCAAAUCAAAACAAGUCUCUGCUACAGUACAAACUUUAAGUUGAUGUGCAGAGUUAAUAUUAGUUAAUAGUAAGAUGUUAUUCAAUAUGCAAAUGUAUUAAAAUAUGAAAUACAUUCACCCAUCGCUCCUCUUUCCAUUUUCUCUA